ACACAUGUGACGUCACACUGUAAAGUUGGCCCCGGUGGCGGUGUGCAUGUGAUUUUUGCUUUACAUGUUUUUAUGAAUAUUUCCAACCAAGGCUUCAGUUUUACAAGAAUACCUGCACGAGGUGACAUAGAGACUGUGCAACAUCAUCUGAAACUCAAAACAAAUUGAAAUUUCUCAGUAAAAAAAAAUCGAUCAGUCCUCGCAUCUGUCGCACUCACUCACUUCAUCUGCCGAACGGAUCUCUGCAGCAGUGUUCCCCCGCUCGUCCCCGUUCAAAUAUCAGUCUUGACCCGGCCGUCGCUGCCACGCCGACGACAUGGAGACUUCGAUAUCUCGUUGUAUGUUUCUUCUCUUCACCACUCUUUUGGUUGCCACUAAAGGCUAUAAACCGGUAAUUAUUAUCCAUGGAAUGCUUGAUGGAGCAGCAGAAAUGCACUUCAUGCAUGAUAUGAUCAUGAAGGCACAUCCUGGAACAAACAUCACGAUCCCAGACAUCUAUAGUUACUAUAAAAGCUUGGAGCAUCUAUGGAAGCAGUUCCCUGACUACCUCAAGGCUAUUCAAGAUGUGAUCAAUCAGUCCCCUAAUGGCAUUCACUUAGUCUGUUUUUCACAAGGUGGUUUGAUGUGCAGAGCUGUGGUUGAGCAGUUGGACAAUCACAACGUGGAGAGUUUGAUUCUACUUUCAUCCCCACAAAUGGGUCAAUUUGGAGACACAAGCUAUGUUAAAGAAUUUCCAAAGAGUCGUUAUGAGGUGUAUAGAUUGUGCUAUGACCUCAGUCUUAUAGGUCAACAGAUCUCCGUCUGUGAAUAUUGGAAUGAUCCAUACCACCAACCAGAGUAUCAAGAAAGGUCUGAUUUCCUGGCAUUGCUUAACAACCAGAGUGCUCACAGUCAGAGUCAACAAUGGCGAAAAAACUUCAUGAGAUUGAAGAAUGUUGUGAUGAUAGGUGGCCCAGAUGAUGGUGUUAUAACUCCAUGGCAAUCAAGUCACUUUGCUACGUACGACAAAGACCUGAACAUCACUGAAAUGAAAGACCAAGAGGUAUACCAGAAAGACUACUUUGGCUUGAAGACAUUAGAUUCUCUUGGGGCGUUGCACACCUAUGGUAUCGCUGGGGUCAAUCAUACCUUCUGGCAUCGGAACCAGACAGUAUUUGAUUGCUGCAUUGAACAGUUCCUGACAUAGCUGUGUUUUCCACCGUACCAAACGUGUACCAAAGAUGCCUUCUAGGUACUUUUAUUCUUUUAUCAUUUGGUAUCAUCAUGAUUACUUGCAGUGAUAUCUGAUUUUUUAACAGUAUGCUUAAAGUGCCAAAAUAGAGGAAAUUGAUGCCUCUGUAAAAUCCAUACUUGGCCAUUGAUGCCAUAAUAAGAUUGGCAAAUAUUAUGGAAUAAUCUUGUGAAAGUACAUGCAAGUGUAAGCCUUUCCAUGAAGACAAUCUCCAUGUAUGUAACAACUCUUCUUGUUUUCAAUUAGAAGUCUUUAUGUACAGGAUUCACAGUGUGAGCAUCAACUCCUGAGCCUCGUCUUACAAAGAGUUAUGAUUGAUCCGAUCAACCUCAAGUACAUGGAAAUCCAUCAUAUUCAUAAUUUUUUUAUAGGAAAUUUGCAUAAUGGCCUUUGGAAACAAAGAGAAGCCUACUGAGUUGUCAAGAAAAAUAUAAAUAUAUGAAUCAUAUCCAGAAAAUAUUUUGAACAACCAUGCAUUUUAGAUGUCGAUG